AUGCUGGCGAAUAUGAGCUCCUUAUACCUGCUGGCCAAUGAUUCUACGCACGAAAGACGAUUUGAUGGAAAUCUGCAAUUACAACAGGAUUUUCGUUGGAGACCGUGCUAUGGUGUUUUGAAGGAUAACCUUCUAUUUGUUUACAAUAAAGAAACUGAUGAGAAACCUUUUCAAAUAUUAAUCAUCGAAGACUGUUUCAUCGAACUGUGUGAUGAGAACCGAAUAGGCAAAGAUUUUACAUUUGAAAUCAAGUUCAAAACAACAGGAAGGAGUUUUGUCUUUGCUGCUGAAAACUUUAAGGGGCUGGAAAAAUGGGUCUCUAUGUUAACUAUUUCACCUGUGGAUUAUAUUAAUUUAUCCAAGCAAUCAUUUUCUGAACAAAUCAGUUUACAAAAUCAAAGUUCUAAUUGA